AUGACCGGCCCGGUCAAUGCGCUCAGAUGUCGCAUUUGUGGGCCAUAUGCUACGCCAGACGCAGCGGCACGAUACCGGCGCUCAUGUCAGAAGCUUGGUACCAACUACAUGUACCUCAACAUGAUCUACCGAAUCUGGGGAGAUAGGCUGGUGGUGGCGAGCUGGCUCUUGAAUCUUCUGCUCAAUGCUGGAAUGACAUGGGAGAGCAUGAAUCCCAUGGAACAAGCCAUCUCAUUUGGAGUGACCUACUUUCUGGCAACAAGACCAACUGCCUUGAGCCAACUGCGUGGAUUCUUCCUCAUGUUAGCGUUUGACAGUCUGUAUCAUGUGCGAGCAUGGAUUAUGCUGAUGCUCAACAUCAUUCAGCUUCUUUUUAGCGUGAUGUGCAUACUAUACGGGACUUCCUUCGGGUUGCCUUUGGUAGUUCGCUUGGGUGUAGUCACAGAUGGAGUGUUCCUUUUGCUCGGCUACCUCAGCUUUCCUCGCGUAGUGGCCACUGGCAUCCAAUCUGUGGCCUCGGUCAUGGAACUGGCGCUUCACAACGCCGAUGACUACCCCAUCGAGUGGAAGAUUCAGACAGACUCUCUGGGAAAGUUCAAAGGGGUCUUCACCGUGGAUCCACAGUCGGGAAUCUUGCAUCCUGCACAGGAUUGUUUAGUGCGAGCGGCUUUCUUGCCCAGCGAGCCCAUUGAGUACAAGGCCAAUGUGAAUGUGUACAUCUCUCCGCCCAGGAGUACAGCGGUGGACGCAGGCAAGAGUCUUGAUCCUAGCUUGGCCCUGAAUGCGGACGAGAGUAAGCCGUACUUGGCCCUGCGGAUGAAGGGUCAGGGCACGGUGCCGAAGCUCACCUUCGACCGGCGCGAGAUCGUGCUGCCGAUCGUUCCCCUGGGAAUCCGCUCGAGGUGCUUGUUUUACAUCGUCAACGAGGGCUACGAGAGCUUGGACGUGCAGUACAGGUUGCCAAAUGAUCAGAUCCGCAUUCCGCUGACCAUCAAUUUCCCGGAGGGACAGCAGAUCGGCAUCACCAAGCCGAAAAUUCCUGUGGAGAUUUUCUUCCAAUCAAACAAGCCGAUCUCCUUCUGUGCGAAGAUCGAAUUCCUGGACAAUGAGUCAGGUUCAUAUGUUCUUCCCGUCUCUGGAACCACGGAGAAUUGCAUCCUUACCUGCCAUCACUACUUGCACAACAACACGGAUUUCUAUACGCUAGAGGGUGAACCUGUCAUGCUUCAAGAAAAGGAGGACAACUCUGGGAACGAGCAGGGUGCAGCGCCUUCCAUCAAGACGGGCAGUGUAUCUCACAACUCGAUGGCAGGCUAUGGCAAUCAGGAGGGGCGUUUGGACGAGUGGAUCGACGCUUCUGCCUCGGCUUCCUGGCCGCGGCUCUCCUUGUCCUCUGGCUCCACCUGCACUCAGGGCCUCCGGGAUCUCCACCUGCUGCUUUUGGGCAGCGCUUCGAUCGGGUUCCGACCCCUUCAUUGCGCCUCUCGGCGUAUUUGCAUGAGCGCUCAGGCCGCUCUCCACAUCUUGAUUGAGGCUGUACAAGCAUCUGCUCGCGCUCUUCGGGGCCUAGCUGACAAUCUUGAGAGGGCAGCUGCCGCAGCAGAGAGGGGGCCAGCCGCUGGAUCUGACAGGGUCACUGAGGUCUCCACCGACACCAUUGAUUGGGACCUGGUCACUGAGGCUUUAGAGGCGGAAAGAGAUCAGCGCACCGGUGCCUCCGGCACCAACUUCUCGAGCUACCACGACGUCGAGAAGAGCAUCCCCCCUUUGCCUGAUCACUGUGUGGAUCUUUGUGGCCGUCUUGGUGGCACCAUUGAGGACGUCAAGUCCCGAGCUACUCGAGCCUGGAUUGCUGGUUGUUGGGCCAAGGCCACAUUGGAGGGAAAGAUCCCAAAGCCUCGACCUACCCCCAAGAUUGCACUGCAGGCCACCACCUACAUCAUCCUCAAGGGCCCAGGUGUUCAGCGACCGACCAGGGUCUCUUCAGCGGCAGAGUACUUCAAGCUCCUGCCACGUUUCGAGAACUCCGUCAGCCGAGCAGUAGAGAUGGCGACAGGUGGCCCGAUUCAGUUUUUGGACCAAGGAGUCCUCCAGACCUAUGUGAUGGGCUUGGACCUCACUGCAUGGGAUGGGGAGUGGACGGAGAGUUUUGCAAUCCCAGUUUUGAGCCGGCAGUCGGGGGUUCUGAUUGCAGUACCAGAGGGAGCUUUUUCUCCGGAGGUUCUCCAGGCUGGAGCUUUUGCAGCGAUGGACGACCUUGUAGGCCCGUCGACGAGGGUGACAUUGCCUGCUGUCUUCGAGGAGUUGGACGGGACAGAGACACCCCACACAGAAGAGAUUCCAGUUGUUUUGAUAGAUUUCCACAAGAACAUCUUGGAGAGCAUUCGAGGCUUCGACCCAGUCACAGAAGGACCCGGCAUCCGUUGUUUCUCGCAGCCCAAGGCGAAGGCCUCCCCUGGUGGGGCUUCCACUCCCAAGAGGGUUACUACGGCAACGCUAGCCGAGCAGUUAGCAGAGAUCUCCAAGGUGCUCCCUGCUAUGUCCUCCCAGCUCGAGGCUAUGACUCAGCGCCAAGACAGGGUGGAACGCCUGAUGAGUUCUGCACCUCAAGCAUCAUCCAAGGAGCCUCCGGCCCACAAGCAGGACUUCCCUCUGGUGGGGAAAGGAUCGCCCAGACCAUCCGCUCUGAAAUUUGUUUCCAGAGUGGGCAGCCCGCCAAGGUCCAGACCACUGGCCGAUGCAAGCCCAGCGCCCCGGAAGACCGUGGAGUUCACGAACGUGGACGAACCUCUCGCCCUGCCCUCAGAUCCAGACUACCCUGGAGGAGAACAGAGCGUCCCAGUUCUUCCGCAACCAGAGGCGCUCUCAGCGGCACUGUUCCAGCAGUCCCAGGCUUUGACGACUCUUGUGGCUCACUUGGCAGGUCAGGAUGGCAUGGAGUUUGGCUCGACAGGAACGAGUUCAGCCCUCAGUUUGAAGGGUUCGCUGAAGCGGGACAAGCCAUCAGAGCCCGUCCCUCAGGAGAUCUCUGCUCUUGGAGGACGUGCCCUCUUCUCGAAGUACAUGGAAAGAAGCGGUGGCUACUCUGGCCAAAGAGACCUGGGCCUCACUAUGUGGCUGCUCAGCCAGAUGGCGGACGCAUUCCUGAACGAAGAUGCAGCCGGUGCCCAAGAACUGCUAGCACUGACCAUGGUGACUUUGGAGCAGGUGGCUCAGGACUCUGGAAAGUGGGAAGUAGGGUGGAUCUUGUCACUGCAGGAGGAUCCUCCUCCGGGUGUCUUCCAAGCAAGGCCCAUCGCGACGAAUCCCAGGCUCCGAGCUUUUGCUCCUCUGUGUCCGCCAGAAUGGGCCACCACGGCGUUGUCCUAUGUCAAGGAGGUCGACCUGAUAAAUUCCAGGAGACAAGAAGCCCUGCCAGGAAAGAAGAACCUGCCUGGAAAGGAACAAGACGACCAGGUCCGUCUGGAGAGCCCCUUUGCUGCGCUCUUCUACCUCAGAACGGCCAGGCUCCGCCUGGACCGUUGCCUGCGGUCGGGGGGCUCUCCGGACAUAGUCCAGAACCUCCUUUGCGACGUUCUUGCGGACUACCUUCUGCAUCACAAGACUGCAUCCAUGCAGUUCUUCAAAAGCCUUGUUCCCGUUGCCGGCACCUCAGGGGGUCUCACAAAUCCUCCUGGCAAGAAAGCCUAUGCCGACGCGGGCCUUGAAGGAUCUCCUCUCAAGGACCUAGUCGACGAAGAGAAAGGCAAGAUCAUUGGGGCCGAGGUUGACUCGUCAUCACUGACCAGGUCUCUGGGGCUAGUGCUGGUCGCGGCUCCUGUCCGAAAGCGCCUCGCCUUGGCCUACAUCUCUUUGGAGCUCGCAGCAAAGGACACAACUUCCGAUGCGCUGCAUGCUUGCCUGAUUGGUGGAUGGGUCUCCGCUGCGAUGUACCGAAGACCUUUCAUGUCGAUCCUUCAAAAAGCCUAUAAGAUCCAGAUGUCAGAGCACAAGCGCAUACAGAUUGCAGGCAAGUGGUCAAAGCCCUCAGCUGUUUACACCGAUGAGCUUGCCGCGGCCCUGGGCCAGUCCUUCGACAAGGCCCUCACGAAGAAGAUCCGAAGGACCCAGUUCGUCGAGCCCAAGCUGAAAGGUCUUGAGAGCCCGCUCUGCAAUGAUGUUCUACUGUCGGCAAAGUGGAAGGUCGACAAGGUGUGGUCUUGGAGAAGUCCUAAGCACAUAAACAUCCAAGAGGUCCUUGCGGCUGAGAGACUGAUGAAAGAACAGGCCGUCUCUUGGCCAAAGUCACGCUUCCCCGUUGUCGUGGAUUCAAACGUGGGCAUGUCUGCCCUAGUCAAAGGCAGAUCACCAUCAGAUGGCCUCCGACCCGCCUUGAGGAGGGCAGGAUCCACCAUCGUUGCAGGAGCCUUGUAUCCGGCCUACCAUUUUGGGCCCACCAGACUACUACCAGCCGAUCAUCCUACCCCAGAGAAUGAGUUCCCUCCUCCAUGCAGGAGCUGCCUGCCUCCUGAGGCGACGUGCGCCGAACUCUUACAGUUCUCAAAGGUCUCAAACUUGGCUCGAAAAGGGGCAAACUGGGUUCGCCUGGUUCUUCUCCUUUUGCAAAACCUGCCCCUGUGGAGCCUAAGUAAGGAUUCCUGGAGGUUUGCUCACGUCAACUACAAGCACUACCCGUUCAGCACCCAGAAGGCGGAUUUCAGCCGGAAGGAGUUUGACAGCGCACGUGGCUAUCCUGGAGAAGGCCCCACUGCUGGAGGCUCUCGAGUGCAGCUGAUCCGUUGCCUUGCUUCCGUCCUUCCCUUUGGAUUUCCUGCCCUGGUUGGACUUCUUGGGGCCUUUGCUGCCCUGGUUGGAAUUUUUGGGGCCUACAUCAGCCUUGCCGCCUUUGGCUUAACCUCUGCCUUGCCGAGAAAAGCUGUGCCUGUCCAUGUCCGUAGCCGUUUCCGGCCGCGCUCCUCUUCCCUGACCCUUUUCAGGCAAGCCAAGCUUCAGGCCCUCUUUUUGGCCAUCUUGUUCCUGGAACACCCAGGCCUUGUAGCCGGCGCGCCUCGCCAUGGACUGAAGCUGCAGCCCAGAGAUGCUGCCGACCGAGCACGACAAGAGACAAGAGACCAGCUAGAACUGCCUGAUGGCAGGCCAGUGCUGGGACAGACCCAGCGGCAGAGAGACAAAUUGAUGGGGGCCUUCGAAGAAUGGCUUCGCUCGCAGGGCAUCCUGCUGGACGAGAUCCUCAUGGUAGGGGCUCCUGACGUUGAGGCCCUCAACAUCCUGCUGGAGAGGUACGGCCGUGAGCUGUAUCGAGCGGGACGACCAUACGGUCACUACAGUGAGACCGUCAAUGCAGUGUCGGCCAAACGGCCAAGGGUUCGGAGAUUGCUCCAGCCGGCUUGGGACUUGGCGUAUAGCUGGCUACGCCAAGAACCACCAGUACACCACCUGGCGCUCCCAUGGCAGGCGAUGCUCUCGUUCCUCACAACGUCGCUCUGCUGGGGCUGGUGCAGAGUCGCCGGCAUCAUCGCCCUAUCGUGGGGCGGGAUCACGCGGAUCGGAGAAUCCGUAAAUGCCUUCAGACGAGAUCUGGUCCUCCCGUCUGAUGUCAACUACACGAUUGACUACGUGCUCCUUCAAAUAGCUGAACCAAAGACACGGUUCAGAUGUGCUCGCCACCAGAUGGCAAAAGUGGAUCAGCCUCAGUUGGUCAGGAUCAUCGUCACGGCUUUUGAGAACCUGCGACCUGACCAACGACUCUGGCCGGCCUCGGGAUCAACGAUCCGGAGCCGUUUCCAACGCCUUGUCCAGGCGAACUCCCUCGACCACCUCCGGACGAAGAAGGGCCUGGACCUUGGCUCGCUGAGAGCAGGAGGAGCGUCAUGGCUCCUGAUGACCUCCGACAACCCAGACAUGACAAGGCGCCGAGGGCGCUGGAUCAAUGCAAAAGUGAUGGAGGUGUACGUGCAGGAAGCUUGGGCAGUCCAAUUUCUGCCACAGCUUCCAAAGUCCAUCAAGGAGGGCAUCAUGGAAGGAGCUGGUUUGUUUCCGUGGGCCUUGGAGCUUGCGGAGAUUUGGAAGAGGGCGGCUGUCCCGGAGUCAGCAUGGCCCAUCCUGUAUCAGAAGGCGGCUCGAGACCUUGAGCAGCAAGAAAUGGGAAGGCAACACCUCGAGAAGGAAGAGGCGGGAGAUGGAGGGGCCGCUUUUGCCCAAUGUGGGCGUGUGCACCCUUCAAAGGAUGCAGAAGAAAAGAAGUGCGACCAGCUUGAUGAGUUGACCUUUAACUCAGAAUGCCCUGUUCGCCGCUCAAGCUUCUCCCGCAAAGCCGCCCACCCGAGCAACAUAUUGAAGAACCAGUUGGAUCACUUUCCGCAGGACCUGGUGAAUUCGAACGGCCGCCAUUUGUACGAGAUGAUUGAGUUCUUGUCCGGCAAGUCUGUGCCAAACAAGGCGGCAGCACCACCGCCACAGCGCAUGGACAACACGGGUUCCUCCUUCCGUGGCAACGACAGAGGUGCUAAACAAAAGAGCCGAGAGAUGCAGAAGAUCCUGCAGCUGAUGCAACAAUAUGAGGUGCUGCUGAACUUCUUGAAGCAGCAUGGUGCAUUGCUCUCCUCCGUUCGUCCGGAGCACUUCUUGUCCCAUGAGUACUACCUGCAGUACCAGCAGAGUCUCAAUGUGGGCAUCACCAGAAGGCAAGUGGACAAGAUCUUCUUCCCGAAGAGCAUGGAGGCGUGGUUGACGUCGCUGCUCCAGACGGUGAAGAUCUUCCUGCUGAACCGAGUCACACACAAGGCCUUCAAGACAUUGCCUGGGAUGUCGGCCGAAGUGGACCAACCAGUGGGCGCACCCGUUGGCGUGGAUGACAUGGACUUGGAGGUGGAGAAGAAGAACAGCCCAGAAUUGCAAGGUGCCUUGGACCAAAAGUUCUUGGCCGAUUCCAAUGUCUACAGUAUUUCUGAAUGCAUUUUGCUGCGGUGGCUGAACUUUCACUUCGCGCGUGCAAACAGAGAUCGCUACAGCCCUCGCAAGGUCUGUUGCUUCGACUCGGACUUGGAGGACUCCAUUGUCCUCGCUGUGGUGAUCCAAAGCCAUGUGCCUCACUGCCAGGCAGUGCAAAAUAUGCGCCCGCAGUGCAGCAACCUGGAUCACCACGAAGAGAACGCGAUGCACAUCCUUGCUGCUUUGUCGGAGAUUGGACUUCAGUUUCCUAUCCAGGUGUCCGACAUUGCAUCGCCGCAAGCGAAGGAUAUGCUCCUUUUUGUGAUGUUCCUCUUCCAGAAUCUGCCGCAUUAUGUGCCGAAGACCACCAUCAUCUUCUCCACCAUGCUCGGAGUGAAUAUGACCAAGAACAUCGAGCUCACGAAUCCGUCGAAGAAGGCCAUUUCUUAUGGGGUCCAGCUGGUUGGCAGCGGACACAACAGCGGGAGUGACUUUGCCAUCAAGGACGAGAUCGUGAAGCUGGAGCCGAGGCAGACGGUGUCCUUCCCCGUGGAAUUCCACAGCCGGUUCUCGAGGAUUGUCGAUGAGAAGAUCAUCUUUACCUCACGGCGAGAGGGCAAUGUCAAUGCUGCUGCAAUGGUGUUCAAGCUCAGGAGCCGGUGCACCGGGCGGAAACCGAGAAAGACCAUCCAGGUCUCGGCAGUUCUCUAUGAGGUUGGCACAGUGGAUGUGGAGCUUGAGAACCCUUUCAACGAGGAUGCGGAGUUUUCGGUGGCCUUGCGAGAAAGCACCUGUUGCGAUGCCGAGAAGCACCCACUCUACUGGGGAGACCACACCUUGCCCUCGAUGCUCAGCACGUUGCUGGGGGUGAUGCGAGGGACCCCCAGCAAUGUGCUGAGCAUUGCGGGCAAGGAGUGGCGAAAGAAGAAUGCCCGGGUGGCCUCGAAGCGUUCCGAAGGCAUGGAAGCCUUCUACCUGAGCGUCACACGCUGCCGGGUCAAGGCGGGUGGAACUGGAAAGAUCACGGUGUCCUUCCUACCCUUUGAGGCGCCAGCACACUUCACUGCUCUCUUGGGAGUCUUCGACUCUAAGGCUGGGGAGUACUACUACGAGCUCUUUGGCACAUCAAGUCCACCUUUGCCGCUGGAGAACUACAAGAUGCAGGUGAAAGCGGAGGCCUCUGGCACCAAGGACAUCAUUUUGCCUCUGCGAAACAUGCAGGUGGAACGUGCACGGAGUUGGUUGGAGAGUCGGGGUGCUGGGCCUCGGCCGCUGCCGCCGGAUUACAUCGUCUAUGAUGUGAAGGUUUCAUCGCCUUACUACACAGCACCCAAGCAGGUUGUGGUGCACAACGGACAGGCUGUGAACAGAGAAGUCGCGCCCCUGGAGAAGUCUCUGAAUGGGUCAGGCGAAGACCUUUACCUCUCUCAGCUUCGCGUGGAGCAAGUCCCUGACGAGGUGACGGGUGGCCCCAGCCCUUUCUACCUCAUGAAGUACUAUGCUUGGACCCGACAGUAUCAGGGAGAUCGUCGAAGCUCGGCAGUGGCAAAGGCGAUUGGACUUCCACAGCAGGUGGCCAAGUUGGUGGUGGAGUUUUGGCCCAAGGAGCCGGGUGUCUACCCCUGCACAGUCACACUCACUUCCGACAUUGACAUCCGCAUCUAUCAGUUCGAAGGUACUGGCACGGCUCCCAACACACAUUGCUCAUUGACGUUUACCACACAAGCCAGGAAGGCCAUCACACAGGAGAUUCCCAUCGUCAACCCCACAGACAGAGAAUGGGCGAUCAAACCCACCUUCUCUCAGAUCGGUCAUGAGUUUGAUGGACCUCGAGAAUUCAUCGCCAAGAAGAAGGGAGCCACGGGACAGGCCACUGUCACCACCUAUCCGCUGACCUUUAAGCCAGAUUGGGUUUGUGACGUCAAGGCUCAGCUGGUCCUUUACAAUGUGGGCACCAACGAGACUUACGAGUUGCGGGCCAAGACCGCGUAUGACCUGCAUGGGGUUGCGGAAGAACCGCUGGCGGAAGAGCAUGUGGUGGUGAAGUGUGAAGCGCGUGAGAAGACCUCCCAUGUGUUCCAGGUGAAGAAUCACUCCAACCUCACGGCGGCCUUUGAGGUCGAGAGCGAUUUGGUGCACAUCUCUGGACCCUCUUCCAUUCAGGUGGAUGGUCGAGGCACUGGUGACUACGAGUUGACCUUCCAGCCGCUGCAAGCGGGUCAGGUCACAGGCUGCAUCAUUUUCCGCGACACUCACACCGGACACUUUACCUGGUACACUGUGGAGCUGAUGACAUUGCCACCCAAGCCACAGCAGCAUUUGACGUUGACCUGCGUGGUGCGACAGGCUGUGGCGGUGGACAUCCAACUGGUAAACCCACUGGACGAUGUCGUGGUUUUCGAGGUUGCCUUGACUGGUGAUGGCUUGCUGGGUGAGGCCGAGUUUGUACUGGCCCCAAAGGAGACGGCCACAUAUGAACUUGUCUUCAGCCCUCUAUUGCCAGCCAGAAGCAAGGGCACAGCCGUAUUCUUCAAUGAGAUCGUAGGUGAGUUUUGGUAUGAUCUUAGCCUGCUUGCGGAAGCUGCGCCUGCAGAGGAAAUCGCACCCUUAGAGUGUGAACUUGGCAGGACUGCGCAGACCGUGGUCCACAUCGACAAUCCGACUGGGCAAGAAGUGGUCCUCAAGCAUCGAUCGACCAACAAGAUCAACUUCAAGGUCUUGAACAAUCGGGUAGUGCUUCCACCGUUGGAAUCCACGGACAUUACCAUAGAGUACAGCCCGUCCUCGCUGGGUGUGACGGAAGAAGCGCAGAUUGUCUUCGAACACCCACUGGUGGGACAGUGGGUCUACAAGGCGCAGGGCCUUGGCCUGCCGCCCUUGGAGGCUCGGCACGUGACGGUGGCUGCACAGGUGAACCGGACGGUCUCUUCGACGAUCCAAUUCAAGAACCCCUUCUUGGAAACCAUUACCAUCUUCAUUGUCUUGGAGUCGAAGAGCGAGAAAGGCGUUUUCAACCUGCUGAGCAAAAAGGCCAAGGUGCAAAUUGGGCCCCUGGCCACGACGCAGAUCCCUUUCAGUUUCUGCCCACCCACCAUGACGCAGCACACCGCAGAGAUCGCGCUCUCCGUCAUGAAGCCCAACCUCAGCUGGUCUUAUCGCAUCCAGGGCGUGGCGGAAGCACCGGCGGAUCCCACGCUGCACACCUUCAUGGUUCAAGCGCGAGAAGCCUUGCAGACCACCUAUGCACUGACAUUGAUUGGUCUUGACACCACCCCUGGUGACACGCAUGGAGAUCAGCUUUCGUGUCAACUGGAAGUGCCGCCUCAACACCAAGCAAUGGUGUCCAAGUGCUUUGACAUCAGCCUGGAUAGUGAUGCAACUGCUGCCAGAGCUUCAAGUCAGGCAUCAAGAACUCGUGGCAAAUCCGAUGGACAGGUCUUCCUCAAGGUGAACUUUUCGCCACUGCGGCCCUUCAUCGCACUUUGCAACUUGGUGAUCACCCGUGCCUCGGGUGGUCGCUGGCGCUUUGAUCUGAAGCUAGAGGCGACUGAGCCUGAGGUGGACGAUGUGAUUUCCAUCCAGUCGCCCCUCAACAAGCCAGCAAGCGUGGCCUUCAGAUUGAACAACCACACCAGCGUUUACUCCGAGUUCGAAGCCUUCUUCGAUGCAGAGUCAGCGUAUGAAUUCACUGUGCAACCAACUUCAGGAGUCUUAGAACCCGCAGGGACGAACGGUACCACUUUCGUUGUUACCUACAAACCCACGGAGUACGGCAAGCCUGUUCAGGGCAAGCUCAUCAUUCAGACAGAAGCAACUCAGAUCAAGAGUGAGGAUGUCUUCUGGUCAUACCUGGUGAAGGGUACUCAUCCAAAGUACACUGCGCCUGUGGUCGAGAAGCCUAAGGUGGCUACAAGGCUAACGAAGGAAAUGGAAAUGCAGCUGGCCAAAGCGUCGCAAAGUCGCCGGAAGAACUUCAUCAAGGAGACCUGGAAAAGGACAUUUUUUGCAACGUGA